UGUGCUAGUGAAAGUUGAAAGUUAGCCCAUGCAUAAAACUUGCCAGUCAAAUUGCGCUUUGCAUGUUAAACCAUGUGAGAAACUAGUUAUUCCAAGUGCACAAAUCAAAAAAGGCAAGAAAAAAGUACGCAAAACUAAAAUCAAGAAGCUGCCAAGCGGAGACAAAAGCUAAAGAAAACUAAACUAAACGAAAAACUGAAGACAAAGCACACAAAAAAUAAUACUAAAACGAGUACGAAAACUCACUGGAAAAAGCAACUUGAGCGUGCAACUGCAACUGACAGCUGCAGCUAAGGAAAAAAUAAGAAAACUCCAAAGAAAAUUCCCCUCGUUGCUGCAUCUGCAACGCAUUAUUAGCAUUAUGAGCGCUAACAGCCGACAAUGGACGUCGGCACCGUCAUUCUGGCAGAGGCAGCGGCAGCGUCAACGUCGUCGUCGUCGGCCAGCAACGGAAACGGAAGCUGGGCAGAGAGGAGCACAUAAACAACUGCGCAACACUGUCGGCACAAACAUAUCAGCGGCUUAUGAUGAUAAUGAUGAGAAUGAAGCCGGCAAUAGCCCAGCUCCAACUACAAAUUAUAACGUUUCCGGCUUACUAGAUUGCCAACAGCAACAACAACUGCUAACAGACAACCUACACCCACGCGCGUUGCCACUGCCGCUGCUGUUGCUGCUGAUGCUCCUAGUUGAUUGCUCAUUAUCAGCGACUGGCAAUGACUCGAGCCUGGCACUCAAUGUGACCGUCACGGAAAUCGCAUUAUCUAUUAAUGAGACAGCAGCCACAUUAGCAACAGCAGCAACAGCAGCAACACCAACAGCAGCAGCAGUGACCACAGCUCUCGUUUUGAGCGAACUAACUGAAGCAGCUAAACAGGAAGUAAAGGAUGUUGAAAAUACGAGCGAAUAUAUAUUCGAUCGCACCGAUGUGCGCAUUAUAUUCAUUACGCUCUAUACGAUUGUCUUCUGCUGCUGCUUCUUCGGGAAUCUACUAGUUAUAUUGGUGGUCACGUUGUCGCGUCGUCUGCGCUCCAUCACCAACUUUUUCUUGGCCAACUUGGCCUUUGCCGACUUCUGCGUGGGUCUCUUCUGUGUUAUGCAGAACCUCUCCAUCUACCUUAUAGACAGCUGGGUCUUCGGCGAGUUCCUCUGUCGCAUGUACCAGUUUGUGCACUCGCUCAGCUAUACGGCAUCAAUUUUUAUUCUGGUCGUCAUCUGCAUGGAGCGUUACUUUGCCAUUGUCCAUCCGAUAACGUGCAAGCAAAUUCUGACAGCUGCACGCUUAAGGAUGGUCAUUGUCACCGUGUGGAUAACGUCGGCCGUCUAUUCAACGCCCAAAUUUGUCUUCAGCAAGACCAUCAAGAACAUCCACACCGAGGAUGGGCAGGAGGAGGAGAUCUGUGUCCUGGAUCGGGAAAUGUUCAAUUCCAAAUUGCUCGACAUGAUUAACUUUGUGCUGCUCUACGUAAUGCCACUGCUGGUCAUGACAGUGUUGUACAGCAAAAUAGCCAUCGCUUUGUGGCGCAGUUCACGUGGUCUCAGUCCGCAUGUGACGCAACAACAGCAACAGCAUCAGCAGCAGCAGCAUCAGGCUGGUCCAGAGAAUAGCAUGAGCUUGCACAACAGCAUGUACCAUCAUCAUCAUCAUCAUCAUCAUCAGCACGCACAUCCGCUUACCCAUCCGCAUCAUCAUCAGCUCCAUCAGCUGCCAGCAUCGUCAGGGACAGGAGGAGCAGCUGGAGUUGGAGCGGGAAGUGGCGUUGGAGGAGCCGGAGCAGGAGCUGGAGCCUCGUCGCUAGCUUCCGGCAGCAGCUCCACGUCCUUGUCACGUAAACAAAGCAGUAAAUACGAAAAGCGUGGCGUCAGCAUCACCGAGAGCCAGCUUGAUAAUUGCAAGGUCUCCCUGGAGGCGGAUCGUCCCAUUGUGAGCGCUUGUCGCAAAACGAGCUUCUAUCAUCACUCCCACACGCACAACCAGCGGCAGGGCAAUGGCGGCGGUGGCGGUGUGGGCGUGGCAACCGCACAUAUGUCACACUCAUCGAGCAAUGUACUACGCGCACGCAGAGGCGUGGUCCGCAUGCUGAUAAUAUUUGUGCUGACAUUCGCGCUCUGCAACCUGCCGUAUCAUGCGCGCAAAAUGUGGCAAUACUGGUCACGUUCGUAUCGCGGUGAUUCCAAUUUUAAUGCGCUGCUAACGCCGCUCACCUUUCUGGUCACGUACUUCAAUUCGGGAGUUAAUCCCCUGCUCUACGCCUUCCUCAGUCGCAAUUUUCGCAAGGGCAUGAAGGAGCUGCUGCUCUGCUCGUGGAAGAAGGGCAAGGGCAAGUCAUCCUCGAACUCAUCGAUGCAUCACAAGCGCAAGGCGCUGCAGACCCACUCGCUGCCCACGGACACCACGCACAUUGGCAACGAGCAGCUAUGAUGGCCAAGCUGCUGGAAGGCGCGCUUCAGGCUGUUCGGUCGUCGCUCGUAGAACCCAACGGAUUAGCUCAAUGUGAUUCUCCCCUAGGAAGUCCCAAUUGCUUGGCAAGCAACACUCAAAUAAAUCCCAUUCAUUAAUGGGAUUAUAAAUCUAUCAACUCGAAGGAACUACGCCAAUUUUUUAACCAAGCCGCAUUCGUUACAGGCUAAGAGCGAGCAGAGGGCCGAGUGAGAGCUCGCCAGCUCGCUAAUUGUAUUUGAAUAAUUCUAUAUCUCAGGACACGCUGCGUGUCCACAUUUGA